UGACCACGCGUAGCGUAAGACCAAGCCAAUCAUCGGGAAACCUCAGCUCCGUGCUCGCCCGCUCCUUCCGUGAGGACCAUCAUACGCACACGCUCCCAUCCGAACCCUAGCCUUAGCUAACCCGGCGCUUGCCAUGCUCUCCACAGCACCAGCCGCGUAUUCCACCUCCUUCGCCGCCUUUCCCACCCUCGCGCGGCGCCGGCACCGGCACCGCCGCGUUCUGCUACCGUUCGCCGCGGCGACUGACGGGGCGGAGCGGUUCGCCGCGAGCAGCUCCAUUGCGGAUUACCUCCGGUACCGCCGCCCGAUGUCCGGGGACCUCUCCGUGGGAGGGGGUGGCGGCAAGCUGCAGACGGCCGUGGUGCGGUACGAGAAGCGGUUUCCAUGGUCGCUCAUCCACCCUUUUCUCCGCGUUGAUUUGGUUUCUACUGUACACAUUGCUGACAAAGAAUAUUUCGAUAAACUCCAACAAGCACUUGAAGGCUAUGAUUGUGUUCUGUAUGAAAUGGUGAUAAGUCGGGAUAAUUUAAAUAACCAGCAGGACCCAACGUUUGCGAAGAAGCUGAGAUCUUCGCGCAAAGGUUUCAGUAUUCUUGGUUUCAUACAGAAACAAAUGGCUCGUAUCCUUUCAUUGGAUUACCAGCUAGAUUGCCUUGAUUACGGCGAUGAGAAAUGGCAACAUGCUGACCUUGACUAUGAGACAUUCAAGCUGCUUCAGCAGGGGCACACGUUCGGUAAGCCAAAAGGUCAAAUGAAGACUGAAAGAGGUGAAAGCUUUCUCACAUUUGCAGUGGACAUGACCCUGAAAUCAACUAAAGCCUUGGUACAACCAACUUCUCCAGAUGGUCUUGAUUUCUGGAGAUCCAAGUUGCUAUGGGCCUCGCGUGUUCUACCAAUGCCACUUAUUGGACUAUUUGUUAUCACUGGGCUUUGUUUGCCAGUGGAUAAGCAAGAUGGAUAUCCCGAGCUGGAAGCAUUAUCCAAACUAGAUUUAGGAGCUGCUCUUAAGAUUUUUCUGGCUAAGCAAUUGACCUCCGAUUUCAAUGCUAUGACUGCACCUGCUGAGGAUAAGUCAGUUAUAAUUGGGGAAAGGAACAGAGUUGCAACUGAGAAGAUAAAGGGCGCGAUAAACCGAGGGUACAAGAGAAUAGCAGUUCUGUACGGAGGUGGGCAUAUGCCAGACCUUGGAAGACGUCUUCGAGAAGAGCUAAAUAUGGUCCCAUCCAAUGUGCAAUGGGUCACAGCAUGGUCAAUAAGAAGCCGGGAGCUAGAUAAAAAAUCGCUUCCAUUUUUGAAGACGAUGGCUGAGGUUUCAGGGUGGCCUUUGAAUAGAUAUGAAACACUUGCUUUGCUAAUCUUUUCUUCAGUUCUUGCAGUGGAUCUAUGGUUUUGGGAGUUUCUCGUGGAAAGCAGUCUGAAUUGGGCAUCUUUGGCUGGUUCCUGGAUUGAUCAAUGUAGUGCUCCAUUUUGACAAAGAGUUUGUCUGAAAAAGGUGGGGAAAUGAAGUUUAACAACACAGAAGUGUAUAAGCGACGGUCCAAAUAAAAAAACAAAACCAUUUACUGUUGCAGCUUGUUAAAAACGUUCUUAUAUUAUGGGACGGAGGGAGUAGAUAACAAUUUAUUGAAUCAACUUGGAAUGAGAUUAGAAAAGUUGAAGCCA